GUCAACGUGGAGGUGCGGGCCACCAUGCUCAGUCUCAAGCUGCCCCAACUCCUUCAAGUCCACCAGGUCCCCCGGGUGUUCUGGGAAGACGGCAUCGUGUCUGGCUACCGCCGCCCCACCAGCUCGGCCUUGGACUGUGUCCUCAGCUCCUUCCAGAUGACCAACGAGACUGUCAACAUCUGGACUCACUUCCUGCCCACCUGGUAUUUCCUGUGGCGUCUGCUCGUGCUCGCGGGAGGCCCGGGCUUCCGGGCGGAGCCCUACCACUGGCCGCUGCUCGUUUUCCUGUUGCCCACCUGCCUCUACCCUUUCGCGUCGUGCUGUGCGCACACCUUCAGCUCCAUGUCGCCCCGCGCGCGGCACAUCUGCUACUUCCUGGACUACGGCGCGCUCAGCCUCUACAGCCUGGGCUGCGCCUUCCCCUACGCCGCCUACUCCAUGCCGGCCUCCUGGCUGCACGGCCGCCUGCACCAGCUCUUUGUGCCCGCCGCCGCGCUCAAUUCCUUCCUGUGCACCGGCCUCUCCUGUUACUCUCGGUUCCGUGAGCUGGAAAGCCCUGGGCUCAGUAAGAUCCUCCGUACGGGCGCUUUCGCCUACCCCUUCCUGUUUGACAACCUCCCACUCUUCUAUCGGCUGGGACUGUGCUGGGGCAGGGGCCACAGCUGUGGGCAAGAGGCGCUCAGCACCAAUCAUGGCUACCACCUGCUGUGCGCGCUGCUCACUGGUUUUCUCUUCGCCUCUCACCUGCCUGAGCGGCUGGCACCAGGACGCUUUGACUACAUUGGCCACAGCCACCAGCUCUUCCACAUCUGUGCAGUGCUGGGCACCCACUUCCAGCUGGAAGCGGUGCUGGCUGAUAUGGAGUCUCGCCAAGCCUGGCUGGCCACACAGGCCACCCCCCUGGGCCUGGCAGGCACAGUGGCCACGCUGGGCUUGGCAGUGGCGGGGAACCUGCUCAUCAUUGCUGCCUUCACAGCCUCCCUAUUUCGGGCCCCUAGUACAUGCCCCCUGCUGCAGGGUGGUCCGCCGGAGGGGGGUACUAACGCCAAACAACAGUAAGGCCUUGUUGCUGGGGGGAGCCCAGACCCAGACCUGAAAGGGUGUGGGGCACAUAGGAGCCUGGAAGCAGAAGUGACUGAGAGAGUGCAGAGGAGAAAAGGCAGAGGAGAGGAGCCGGUGGGGCUGGCAGAGAGCAGGAGGGUCAGUGAGCGAGCUCUUGAUGGGGCUGGGGAAGUGCUGAGGGUCUGAGAGGGGAGGUGUGUGUGUCCAGGCUGGAGAGCCUCCCCUUCCCGGGCAGAGGCUGGGAUGGGGAGGUGUUAGGGCCCUUUCAUCUAGUCCCAUUUCUGGUGCUCCUGGAAGUCUCUGCUUAGCCCAAGGAAGAACUAACAUGACUAACCUAGGCCUACCCUGAAUGCUGUUCACCAGGUCAGGAGGCCCACUCUUGCCCUCACCCCCCAAACCAGGCAGUGCUGUCCGCUGGCAGCCCUUGGCCUGUGGUGACGAGUCUGUUCUGGUCACAGUCGUGUACUCAAGAUGUUCAGCUCGGGGCGUCUGGUCUAUGUGGGUGGGUCAGGGAUGGUGCACUGGGUUGGGGUGGCGGGGAGGGUGCUGGGCCAAAGGGGGAACCCUGGUUCGACUUUAGGAAGCCACCUUCAGUGCUUCUGGAAUGAGGCAGACACAAAUAAAUAAAGUCAACUGACUGGGAAGCA